AUGGCUGGCAAUAGAGGUGGUGCUGGAACCCAUGUUAGCGCCGGUUGGGCCACCGAGGAAAGCCUUAGCUCAAGCCCUGCUAAGUUUCCUCCUCGGUCUGGGUCCCAAUCACCCUCAGUUGUUGAAUUUGUCGAUACUGGUUCCAAUAACUCUGAUGCAAGUGAGUUCAUGGACAAUGUCACUGGAGUCCUCUCACCCCCAGAUUCCUUCUCUGACUCACAGGACGACGAGGAAGACUCGGAGUUGGAGAACGAUGACCUGCUGGUCGAUAGCACCUUCCAGGCUGGUGAAUUUGAGGUGGAGUUUAGCACUGCACAUGGAUGUUGCCACUAUUUGCAGGCUUCUUUUUGA